UUUUUUUAUUUGGCAAGUUGACAAGUUAAAAAGCUCUGUGGUUAAAUUAUACCAAUUGUGUGAUGUUGUUGUUCUCUCGAUCGAGUCAUAACAAACAUUAUUUACUUUUGGUUAACUUCCCAAUGCGUGAAAUAAGGUCGCACUUUAUUUCGAGCACUAAAAUAAACUUUAAUGCAUCCGGCAUUUCUCAAGUAGGGAGUAGGUUCACUAAAUGUAACAGCAUACUACAGACAGUUGUACGCAGAUGAAAGGCUUUCCCAGUCAAAACGCACAUGGGUCGUCCGUUGUGACAUUAUCAUGCCAGUAUUGCCUUGGACAGUACACACGCACCGACUGCAUGUAAAUUCGUUUUUUUCUUCUGUCUAUUGAAUGAACGACAGCGAAUUUCACAAUUUAAACCAAAAUAUUAUACACUCGCCAUCAGGGGAAGACUGGUGUUCUCUUCAACCUCGGUGGCAGAAUAAUUUGAAGCUAAACUCGGGGAGUUUGGUCGUCGACAACUGUAGUUCUUCUAUUGAGUGAAGGAUAUUGUUGAUACUCAACCGAAAAUGACGACAAUUGCAAGGGAAGAUGCUCUUUUCUUUGAGAACUAUGAGGUGCUACUAAGUACUAACCGAACACCAUGCGACCCACACGCCCCCUUCGAGUUUGAGAAGCACUUUGAACCAGCUGAGAAGAUAUGGUGGUUCCAGAAUAACUGGUCCAAGUCGAUAGUGUACAGUGCUCUAUAUGCAGCCCUUAUCUUCGCUGGGCGGUUGUACAUGGAGAAACGGCCCCGGUUUGAUCUGCGAUUGGGCCUGGCGAUGUGGUCGUUUAGCCUGGCGGUGUUUAGCUGGAUGGGAGCCAUUCGAGUAUGGGCUGAUACUAUCGUCUUCGUAAGUACCUACGGAUGGAAGGCAUCUGCUUGCGACCCCAUCUUCUAUAAAGGCGUGGCCGGCUUCUGGUCGUGGCUAUUUGUCUUAAGCAAGGUUCCGGAGCUGGGCGACACCAUCUUCAUCGUGCUACGCAAACAGAAACUGAUUUUCCUCCAUUGGUAUCAUCACAUAACUGUCCUCAUCUACUGUUGGUACACUUACCCCCUGAUUGUUGCCCCAUCUCGCUACUUCGUCCUGAUGAACUUCUCCGUUCACGCCCUGAUGUACACUUACUACGCCCUCAAGGCCUCCAAGCUGGUCAGCAUCCCUAGCUGGAUCAACAUCGUGCUCACCUCCUUGCAGAUCACUCAGAUGUUCGUGGGAUGUGCCAUCAAUUGCUACGCUUACUCCGUAAGAAGCAGUGGUGGAUUCUGCUCCACCACAGACGAGAACCUCCGAGCAUCCUUCUUGAUGUACCUAAGUUACUUCACUUUGUUCGUCCAUUUCUUCUACGAAACCUACAUGACAAAGAGAAGAUUGGCUCAAGAGGCACAGAUCAAGAAAGCCUGUCAUGACACCAAUGAGAACGUUAUGGAUAAAACAAAGAAAACUCUUUAAUAAUGAACACAGUAUAAAUUGUCAAACUUGACAUAAUUCCACUUUAAGUCCAAUUUAUUAUAAAACAGGAAGUCCAACCUUUCAUUGUCUUAAUGAAGUCAUCAACACAUAAAUAUUAUUGAAACUUCACAAAAAGGUGAGUGGCAAGUAUGUAUAUAUAUAUUUAUAUUUAAAAAGAAUGAAAACUAUUUCACAAGACAAGAGUCCAAUCAGUGGAGAGAAUUUAGUAGAAUGGUAACACAAUAUAAAGUUCAACUGAUUGGUUUAACCCAUAUACACCGAUGUGUGUUAGCACUGUAAACAAAGCUCUGUGAAAAAAAUCACAGGCAUAUUACUCG